AUGGAAGCUUUUUAUCAUGCUGCUACUGGAGUUGUUAAUACGGCACAACGGAAUUUAGAUGGGGGUAUUUUCACAUUCAUUUUGGAUCGACAAACAGAUUCUCCGGAAAUUACUCAAAGUAUUGAUGAUUCGAUCUUUUAUACCCACUUUAUCAAUAAAAUCAGUUCUGGAGGUUUCUUGGCAGGGAUAUUUUUCGGUCUCCUCUGGUGUAUCUGUCUACUUGCCGGAUUUUUCUUCAUAUGGUGGCUAAGAUGCCGAAAAACUUCACCUUUAUCUACCCUUCGGCUCAUGAAACACCAAUCUUCCGUCGAGUCCGGUAAAUCCAACAACAUUGAAUUGCCGAAAAAAUCCAAGCUCUUCCUUCGACGUCGACGGCUACAAUCAAACUGGUUGUGCAUUGCAUUUCAAUGUUGUGGUUUUAGUACCCUGGUCGGUUUUCUCCUUAUUUUCUCUAUUCUUGGGUUUGUCACCAGUUAUUCCCUACAUACUUCAUUAACCACAGAAUCGCCUUCCUUCUCCCAUACGCAAAAUCUCACUUUUAUAUCAAAUAAUUGGGGCCUUUAUCCCGGCGUUUCAUCAGCUCUUCAAAGUGUUCGAAAUUAUUCAGCAAACUUUCUGGAUAAUGUUCGUGUUUCAACAGCACCUGCAGUAGAUAAUUUGAUUCAAGCGACCAUGGAAAUGCAAAACCAAACAACCAUUAAAGUCAAUGAUCUCUUGCAUAGUAUGUUGGGCAUUGAUAGGGCAUUCGACCUUGCCGACAAGGUGGGCUCACAUACUGUCAAGUUACUUAAUUUGGUAAACCCCCUAAAAAAUUACAUUAAUGAGUACACAGAUGCUGUAUCCUCUUUGAGUAUGGCUAUUGCCCGGUGGAACGGAUAUAUGGAACAACUUCAUGGUGAAAAGAACUUAAGCGCCACCAAGGUGUGUGAUGGAAAUGCUACUUGUGUGUUACCAGUUCUUUCCGGCGCAGAAGUGACUGUUAAUUCAAACUGGCGUCUUUCUCGAUUCGAUUUCGCAAUAGCACUUAACUUUGUCACUGAUGCGCAGAAUCGAACUCCAGAAGUGAUUAAGGAGCAAUUGACUUCAGCCCGUCAAAUUGCAUCAAAGCAGCUCGACAAAACAUUCGAGAAAAUGCGGGCGGAAAUCGAUAUUCCUGGAUCUCUGCGUAAUAUGACGGAACGAAAUUGGUUUAUUUUGGCCGAAAAACUAAAGGCUGUGAAUACAAUCAUUGAUAGUCUCUCUGAAUUCAUUUCAAGCAAAAUUUUUCCAAUAACAAAAGUUGGAUCCAAUUACAAUCUUGCAAUCUGCUGCCUGAUCUGGCUCUUUAUGCUUGGUGUUGUACUUGCGUUGUCUGUCCUUCUAUAUCAUUACCACUGUACCAACUCUACAAUCGAGUCGCGGAAUCGUAAGAAGAUCAGAUGCGUUUCAUCAUUUUUACUCAUCAUUCUCAUUCUUUGCAUUUUUGUUUCCUGUGUGCUCUUCCUUGUUUCUGGCUAUGCAUAUACUGAAAUCUGUCGCUAUGUCAGUCCUGAUCGUGCAGUUUUGGAGUAUUCAUUUGAUAAAAAAUCCGGUAAAUAUCAGGAGUCCUUCGUUCUUGAUACUUACAUUAACUCCUAUCUCGAUCAAAAUUGGAAUACUAUCGUUGAGAAAAUAAAAACAACUCUAAACGACAGCGAGAGUGAAGAAAUGCCUAUUCCAAGGAUACGCAGCCCCAUCUAUGCUCUGAAUGUUGCUUGCAAAAAUAACGCUGGCAUUUUAGAUGCCUUCGGCGCUGUAGACAAUUUCAAUUACUCUGCACUAAAUAAACCCGAGUUGACACAAGAGUUCGUCGAAAAAGGGCGCAAGAUUAUGAGGGAGACUUUGGUUGAACUCAACGUUACUGAAAUGUUUCCCCCUGAUACUACAGAAUCGAUUCAAUUGGGCUCCCGUUUGGAUGACUUUUUGAUUCCAUUCGAUAAAGCUCGUCAGGAACUUCCAUGGGAUUUUUUGAAUGUAACAUCUCGGAACAAAACGUUGCUAAUGACCGGAACAGACUUGUCUGCAUUGUGGAAGGAUUAUUAUGCCUUUUUGAGUAAGGGCAAUCUUGCCGUUGAGACUCUUGAAAGAGCUGACGAACUUGCCAAUAUUGUCUUCAACUUAUCAGCGGAAAUCACAAAAUUGCUUGAAUCGGUGGAUGGAAUUCUUCAGGGCUUGGAGAAUAUAACAAAAAUAGGACCAACAGCCUUGGAAUUACAGUCGAUAUACGAUAAUUUAAUGGAUCAAGUUCGAAAUCGCGAGGAUCUUAUUGUGAAAGCCUUGAAUCUUUACGACACUCAUGUGGCCAAAGAACUUCCACAGAAAUCAAACGAAUUAAUUCGCAAAUACGGUCCGGCUUUGCUUCGAGAGGUCGGCCGUUGUAGGAACUUACAUGAUGCCUAUUCAUCUGGAGUCGCCGCAGUAUGUGAUUCUGUAAUUGAACCCCUCAAUGGAGUAUGGUUCUUUGCUGGGUUGUGUAUUCUCAUCUCUACCAUUCUAAUCACACUGGGAUUACUUUUUCUACUACACAAAAUCCCUCCUUUCCCCCAUGCUGUUGCUGUCGACGUAAACGAGCCUUUAUGCAUCGCUCCCCAUGAACAAAGUUUCCUAAAACCCGGUGAAAAUUUGACCUCUGUAAAUGGAGUUAGGAUUGUCCAACCACCGGGUAUUCACUCGUUGAUAAGGGGGCAGCAUUCGCGCCCACAAACGCCCACUUCGCAAGUGUAG